AGUAUUAAUAACAAUAAGAAUCUGAUUCAAGCUUCAUUUCUUCAACACAAAUAAUGGUUGCUGUGUUCAACAAGGAGCUAUUGAGCUGGUACCUCAUUACUCUUAAACUCAAAGAAACCGUAGAUGCCGGAAUCCCAAGUACUAGCCGUUCAAUCGAACUUCCGAAGCCAUCUGAUGCAGUGCAGAUCCAGAUCAAUGGUGAUACCGAGGACCCAAAAGGACCAAGAUCACCGGAAUCUGAAUGGAUGAUCACAGUCAGAGAAAAGCUCGAUCUUGCCCAGAAAGAUGACGUGGCAGGUACCUGGGGAAAACUCUGCAUCUAUAGAGUUCCUCAGUACUUACGAGAUGGCGAGGAUAAAGCUUAUAUCCCGAAUAUCGUCUCUAUGGGGCCUUACCAUCAUGGAAAACGCCGCCUCAGAAACAUGGAGCGCCAUAAGUGGCGCGCAUUUUACCAGAUUCUCAAACGUUGUGAUCAAGAUGCUAAGAUGUAUGUUGAUUCGAUCAAAGAACUGGAAGAACGGGCACGAGAUUGCUACGAAGGGCAGAUUAUGAUUGGCAGUAACGAGUUUGUGGAAAUGAUGGUUCUUGAUGGUUGUUUUGCUCUUGAGCUUUUCCGUGGGGCGGCAGAGGGGUUCAUAAAGCUUGGUUAUUCUCGAUGCGAUCCCGUGUUUGCGAUGCGGGGAUCCAUGCACUCAAUUCAGCGAGAUAUGGUAAUGCUCGAGAAUCAGAUUCCGUUGUUCAUACUUGACCGAUUAUUAGGCCUGCAGUUCGGGAAGGCUGACCAGAAAGGAUUGGUUGCAAAGCUGGCUCUACAUUUCUUUGAUCCGUUAAUGCCCACCGACGAACCGCUGACAAAAAGCGACCGGAACAAAAUGGAAUCAUCCCUCGGGUUCACUAGCCCGUUUGACCCAUUAUCGGACCAAUCAUACCUUCACUGUCUUCAUGUGUUCAGACAGAGUCUAUUGCGGAGAGGACCACAGCUCGAACCGAGAAGAUGGAUCAAGCGAUGGUCACAUAAUAGUCGGGUUGCCGACAAGCGCCGGACACAGCUUAUACACUGUGUAACCGAGCUUAAAGAAGCCGGAAUCAAGUUCAAGAAAAGGAAAACUGAUCGAUUUUGGGACAUCAAGUUCAAGAACGGGAUUCUAAAGAUACCCCGGCUCUUGAUCCACGAUGGAACCAAAUCACUUUUCCUUAACCUCAUAGCAUUCGAGCAGUCACAUUUAGACUGCGGGAAUGAGAUCACGUCAUAUGUUAUCUUCAUGGACAAUUUGAUAAACUCCGAGAAAGACGUAGGUUACCUCCAUUACUGUGGGAUUAUCGAGCACUGGUUAGGAAGCGAUUCCGAUGUUGCCGAUCUCUUCAACCGUCUAUGUCAAGAGGUCGUUUUCGACAUCAACAACAGCUAUCUUUCGGAGUUGUCAGAAAAGGUUAAUCGGUUCUAUAAUCAUAGGUGGAACUCAUGGCGAGCGAGCUUAAUGCAUAACUAUUUCAGCAAUCCUUGGGCUAUUAUCUCCUUUAUAGCAGCUGUGAUUCUGCUAAUCCUCACUUCUGCACAGACUUUUUAUGGUGUUUAUGGGUAUUACAGGCCACCUUGAGUAUACAAAGUACCUUUGUCCUUUCUAUUUGUAACAUUCUUUUUAACUUUUAUUUGGUAACCAUGGGAGUCUGGGCCAACUUAUGUGCAUCUGGAUCAAUCCCAUGGAGCCCUGAAAAUAACAGCCAGCAAAAUCCCCAGCGGCCCUGAGGAGACUCGAACUGGUGACCUAUGGUUUGAUGGUAUUGUGUUGUGUGACAUAAUUGGGGUAUUUAACUCCAUUGGAUUUGCCAAAAGGGACCACAAUAAGAUAAUAUUUGAUGAAACUAAA